CAUGAUUUCAGAUGUCCCCUACCUCCCACAUACGUAGGCUUCCCCAUGCCUAGGGUCCUGAAGGCUCACAGUGCAAUAGUGCAAAGAAUGAUGCUGAAUUCUUUCUCAAAGAUUUCUCCAUGGACAAUGGCAGCUACGAUUCAGGCUAUGGAGAGGAAGAUUGAAUCACAGGCCGCUCGACUGCUCUCGCUAGAGGGUCGAACUGGGAUGGCAGAGAAGAAGCUGGCUGACUGUGAGAAGACAGCUGUGGAGUUCAGCAGCCAGCUGGAGGGCAAGUGGGCCGUGCUGGGGACCCUGCUGCAGGAGUACGGGCUGCUGCAGCGGCGCCUAGAGAAUGUGGAGAAUCUACUGCGCAACCGAAACUUCUGGAUUCUGCGGUUACCCCCUGGCAGCAAGGGCGAGGUCCCCAAGGAGUGGGGCAAGCUGGAGGACUGGCAGAAGGAGCUCUACAAGCACGUGAUGAGGGGCAACUACGAGACGUUGGUCUCCCUGGACUAUGCCAUCUCCAAACCUGAGGUCCUUUCCCAGAUUGAACAAGGCAAGGAGCCAUGCACUUGGCGUCGUACUGGCCCCAAGGUCCCGGAGGUUCCUGUGGACCCAAGUCCAGGCUCUGGAGCCCCAGUUCCUGCCCCGGACCUCCUGAUGCAGAUCAAGCAGGAGGGGGAGCUCCAGCUGCAGGAGCAGCAGGCUCUUGGUGUGGAAGCCUGGGCAGCUGGACAGCCAGACAUUGGGGAAGAGCCCUGGGGCCUCAGCCAGCUGGACUCUGGAGCAGGCGACAUCUCCACGGACGCUACCUCUAGUGUCCAUUCCAACUUUUCAACCACCAUCCCACCCUCUUCCUGGCAAGCAGAUCUCCCUCCCCACCACCCCUCUUCAGCAUGUUCAGAUGGGACACUGAAGCUCAACACAGCAGCAUCCACAGAAGCAGAUGUAAAAAUUGUUAUCAAAACAGAAGUCCAGGAAGAGGAGGUGGUUGCCACACCUGUGCAUCCCACUGACCUGGAGGCUCACGGGACUUUGUUUGCACCAGGCCAAGCUGCAAGAUUCUUCCCCAGCCCUGUCCAGGAAGGAGCCUGGGAAAGCCAAGGCAGUUCCUUCCCCAGCCAAGACCCCGUUCUGGGGCUGCGGGAGCCAACUCGGCCAGAGAGGGACAUUGGUGAGCUCAGUCCGGCCAUAGCACAGGAGGAGGCUCCUGCUGGGGAUUGGCUCUUUGGUGGUGUCAGGUGGGGCUGGAAUUUCCGGUGUAAACCUACAGUGGGCCUGAACCCAAGGACGGUGCCCGAGGGGCUACCUUUCUCCUCUCCAGACAAUGGAGAGGCCAUCUUGGACCCCAGCCAGGCCCCAAGACCUUUUAAUGAUCCCUGCAAAUACCCCGGCCGGACAAAAGGCUUCGGCCACAAGCCAGGGCUGAAAAAGCACCCGGCAGCGCCGCCUGGAGGCCGGCCCUUCACCUGUGCCACAUGUGGAAAGAGCUUCCAGCUGCAGGUGAGCCUGAGUGCACACCAAAGGAGCUGCGGACUGCCUGAUGGGGCGGGCACAGGGGCAACUUCCACCACUACUGGAGGUGGAGGUGGCGGCAGUGGUGGUGGCGGAAGCAGCAGUGGAGGCGGGGGUAGUGGAAGGGACAGCAACGCCCUGAGGUGUGGGGAGUGUGGGCGCUGCUUCACACGCCCCGCACAUCUCAUCCGCCACCGCAUGCUACACACUGGUGAGCGGCCCUUCCCUUGCACCGAGUGUGAGAAGCGCUUCACAGAGCGCUCCAAGCUCAUCGACCACUACCGAACGCACACGGGUGUGAGGCCCUUCACCUGCACAGUGUGUGGCAAAAGCUUCAUCCGAAAAGACCAUCUCCGAAAGCACCAGCGCAACCACCCAGCAGUGGCCAAGGCACCCGCCCAUGGUCAGCCGCUUCCACCACUGCCAGCUCCUCCUGACCCCUUCAAGAGCCCUGCAGCCAAAGGACCCAUGGCCUCCACAGACCUUGUGACUGACUGGACUUGUGGCUUAAGUGUCCUGGGACCCACUGAUGGUGGUGGAGACCUGUGAGGGCCCCAACCCUUCUGUGGCCCCUGCAGGCCACAAAUGUAUAAAGUCCCGUGUGCAGAUAGCAGGAUGGCCAGAAAGCUCAGAAAGCAAAAAGGGAGACUUGGCAGAGAACCAAAUUUCCAUGUUGCUGAACUGAUCACUGGAAAGGGAGACUAUCAAUGCAGCCUCCACCUUAAAGUAGGAUUCCAACUGUGAAACUGAACACCUUAAUAGGCUUUUAAGUAAUUUAAUUACACCCCCUCCCCCCCUUUUUU